AUGGCCUUUGACGGUCACCAUACACGGUCGAAUAGUAACGACCAAAAACAAUGGCGCCAAUUCAAUUUCUUUGACGUACAGCAAGUCAAGGAUGCAAAUGAACCUACAAAACCUCCUGCAAUUUUUCUUAAACCUGAUCUGGCAGUAAGCACCAGUGGCCGAGGGCGAGUGUCACAUAUGAAACAAAUGAAACAAAAAAAUAUUCUGUCGACAAUUGGUGAAGAGGAUCCACCGGUUAUUAAAUUAUGGGACCUUGAUAAGCAGGAUAAAUCCAAGGGAACUCCUACGUGUCAGCGUACAAUUAAAGUAAACCAUGGUGGAAAGCCGUUUCCUGUUUCGGCGCUAGCUGUUUUGGAAAAUUUGGGUCAGAUUGCAGUAGGCUUAGCUAAUGGUGUGGUUGUAUUAAUCAGAGGUGAUUUAUAUAGAGAUAGAUAUACAAGACAAAGAAUUAUUCAUGAAAGCGACGAACCGGUUACAGGUCUCGGAUUUAGGGAACACAAUAAAACUGUUAUCUUAUUUAUUGUCACUACUAGUAAAGUUUUGACUUACGUAACGAGUAGUAGGUCAUCAUCCGCUACUGUCCUCGACGACGAGCAGGGUGCCGGCUUAGGCUGCGCAGUAAUGAGCGAUACAACGCAUGAAAUGGUUGUCGCUAAGGAUGAGGCAAUUUAUUUUUAUGAACCUGAAGGACGAGGCCCCUGUUUUGCUUAUGAAGGUACCAAGUCAUCUGUGACUUGGUUCAAGUCAAACCUCAUUAUUGUAUCACCGCCAAUUUCUCAACCAACAAGGCUUACAACAUCAACACGCUCAGCACUGUCAAUUGGCGCUGGAAGUACAGCCAAACAAUCUGCUCCUUAUGAACUCACAAAAGUUACUAUUUUUGACACUGCGAACAAAUUUAUUUCUUAUAUUGGAACUUUCUCUCAUGGAGUUCGGAUGAUCAUUUGUGAAUGGGGUGGUAUAUAUAUUCUUGGAAUGGAAGGAAAGUUAUAUCGCCUUGAAGAAAAAGACACACCGACAAAACUCGAAAUUUUGUUCAAAAGAAAUUUAUAUUUAUUGGCAAUUAAUCUUGCGCAUAGUCAAAAAUACGAUGACGCAGGUAUAUCUGACAUAUUUAAGAGAUACGGUGAUCAUUUAUACAGUAAAGCGGAUUAUGAUAGUGCAAUGGCACAAUACAUUCUAACUAUUGGUCAGCUAGAACCAUCUUAUAUUAUUCGAAAGUUUUUGGAUGCUCAACGUAUACAUAACCUUGUUAAUUAUCUCCAAGAGCUCCAUUCCAAAAAUCUUGCUAAUGCGGAUCAUACUACUCUGCUGCUAAAUUGUUAUACAAAACUAAAAGACGUGGCACGGCUCGAUCAAUUUAUUAAGACUGAUAAUGAACUCAACUUUGAUAUAGAGACAGCUAUUAAAGUGUGUCGACAAGCCGGAUAUUAUGAGCACGCUGUAUAUUUAGCAAAUAAAUUUGGUGAACAUGAAUCAUACUUAAAAAUUCAGAUUGAAGACGUUAAAGAUUAUGAAAAUGCUUUAGAAUACAUUCGCAAGUUAGGAUCAAUUGAGGCCAAUCGUAAUUUGCAAAAAUAUGGAAAAAUUCUCGAAUGGGAUAUCCUGGAAGUGCGUACAUAUAA